AAAAAACACUUUUUCUCCUUCAUCGAUCGAUUCCUUCUUCUAUUGAAACACGUAAAACCCUUUCUCCUUCAUCAAUCGAUUAUUCUCAAAAUCGCUUAUCUUCUUCUUUCCUUCAUCAAUCAAAAUCACCACUUCUCCUUCCUUCGAAAUCACUUCUUCAACUUUCGAAUAAGUUGUCGAAGUUGCUCAUGAAUUUCGGAAAACCUAAUACUUUAGGUAAAUUUUUUCUGAUGAAUCUCUUUCUCUAAUUCACAUGGUUUGUGUCAUAACAGUUCGAUCAUAACAGUUUGUAUCAUAACAAAUCUCUGAAGAAUCUCUAUCGAGGGAUUGAUGACAAAAUUUAAGAAGGAAAGUUACUUUGAUAUUUGAAAUCAGUAUUAAAUAUUGUGCUAGCAUUUUUUGUUUCUGUUUCACUGUGCUGAAAGAGCUUAUCGUUGUUUCAAUGUCAGGCAACUUUUCCUACGGUACUUUCAAAGAGUUCCAAAGAAGUUUACAAAAAGCUACUUCUCUUCAGGCCUUGCAAGGUUGUUUCUGUAAAACUAUCAUCUGAGGACUAAUUUGCGUAAUAUGAUAUGAGAGUUGAGCAUUUAAAAGACUGAAAUUAUUAGUAUUGUGAUAUUUUGACAGCAGCUUAUCUCAGGUAUAUAUUUUCUCCGAUUGACAGUAUCGACAUUCAUUUUUACUAAUUCUAAGGUACGGUUGAUGGUAACUUUAAAUUUAUUUUAUAGCACUUAACUAUUAUUCUAAAGGUGUACUUAGUUGUACAUGAGAGUAAAAUCUACUUUGUUAAAGACAUGUUUGUGUUGUUUAAAUUACUAAAAUAUGUAAACUGUCGGAAGUUUAUGGUGUUUGAUCAUAGUAAUGAUUAAGGAAGUGAGUUACUGAGUUUGUGCUUUCAUAUACGAUAUAAUUUACUGAGAACUUUGUUUGGUCUUUAUAUAUGGAAUGCAUGCUACUGUGAUGGAUUUAAACCAAACUUUCAUAACAAACCAACUUUUUGGACGGAGAACUGGGAUGAAUCGUAUGAACAAACUCAUCCUUCAAGGGAAUUGUCCAUUAAUAAGACAAAUGAUUGUCAAUAGUGGCUGUAGAAAAUGUUGUUGCAUAUUGCAAUUAUUGUACAAGCCACCAAUAGUCGCUACUACUUCUUUCUGGAAACUCUUGUUUUAACCAUGUCUAUUACUAUCUCUUUACUUAAUUCACAAAUUGAACUUUUACUUUGCUUUCUUUGCCAUAGUAUCUGCCACUGUAGAAGUCAAGGUCAUAUAUCACUUUCUAUUUCCCUUUUCAUCUAAUUUUGAUUCUCAUUUUUUGUGUUAGACGUUGACUUAAAGUAGUUCCUUUGUUGAAGAUGGUCCUUUCCUAUUAUGUUGCAGGUAGCAGAUCCUGUUGUCUCAUUUUGUGAAAUAGUUGUUGAUUCUUCAUCAAUGAAAUAUUUUGCUGAAACACUAAACAAGAAGAAAAAAAUAACAAUGAUUGCGGAACAACUAGAAAGAGGUCUGGCAGAAGACAUGGAGAAUGGGGUUGUUAGCACUGACUGGAACAAAAAGAAACUAGGUGAAUUUUUCCAGACUAAAUAUGACUGGGAUCUUCUUGCUGCUCGGUCAAUCUAGGCUUUUGGCCCUAAUAAGAAGGGCCCUAAUAUCCUUUUAGAUGACACCCUUCCUACUGAAGUUGACAAGAACCUGCUCAAUGCUUUGAAGGAUUCCAUUGUUUACUUUGAGAAUGUUAUGUCAUUUAACAGAUUUCAGUGGGGUGCACAGGAAGGACCUUUGUGCGAUGAACCCAUUAGGAAUGUUAAAUUUAAGAUUGUUGAUGCAAGGACCUUUGCUUCUUCUUGGUGCUCUUUCACUUCCUACUGCUGGAAUGCUUGUUCCAUAUGGUUCCUUCCUUGUACCUCCAGGCUUAGUUUCUUCAACUGGUGGUACCGUUGCCAAGGAUGCCAUUGGCAAUGAUGUAGUUGCAUCAGAAUGGCUCAAGGUUCAUGGACUUGGUGACCGUACUCUUACACAAGGAUUAAAGGGUGAUCCUACCUACCUUGUGGUAGAGAAAGAUAGAACACUUGCAACAUUUGCAAUUAACGCCGUAUGCACUCACCUCGGGUGUGUCGUACCUUUUAAUCACGCUGAGAACAAGUUCAUCUGCCCCUGCCAUAGAUCUCAGUACAAUGACCAAGGAAGAGUUGUGAGAGGAUCUGCACCUUUGUCUCUGGCAUUAGCACAUUAUGAUAUUGGUGUGGAUGAUGGGAAGGUUGUGUUUGUUCCUUGGGUUGAAACAGAUUUCCAAUGGUUGGAGCAGCUCUAAAGUCGAUCGGAGAGAAUAUUGAUGUUGCUUAUUCUGUGAAAGGAGAAUGACGUGAUGCUUUUACCGCUCUUCUUGGGGACUUUGGUGUUAUCAUGCUCCCUACAGUUUCAGGGCCACCACCAAAGUUGAAGACAAGUCUUUCAGAAUUAAAAGAAUUUAAUGAAAAGGCUUUUAUGCUUCAAACUAUUGCUGGAUUAUCUGGUGGUUGCCAGUAUCAAUUUCCUUGGUGGCUAAACAUGGGGCAGAUGGAUUUCUAUUGUCUCUUGUUGAGAGUAUUUGUGACAGCAUGAAAGAAUAAGAUCAUGACACCUGCAUUGGAAAAUUAGUUAAUUUACUGAAAGAAAAAUAAAAUAACAAUAGUUUGAGCUUGCUGGUAAAAAUUAGGCAGUGAUAAAUAAGUUUACUUCACAUAAGUGAUUGAUUUAUUUAUUUAGAUUAUUCUUUUAAGGAAGUUUCAUUUUUGUAAUUUGUGGUUUUUUAUUCUUUUGUUGGACACUUUUUAUAUAGAUAUUCAGAUUCAGGAUAAAACUCUUCAAUACAUGUUUCAUAUAGAAGCCAUAGUUACUAGUCUUAUAAUGAGCUUUGUUUUUUUUUUAUAAAUUCUUCUAUAACAAAUCUAAAAGUUAAGUGAGUUGAGUUUUGUGUUGACGAUAUCGAGUGUAAGAGUUGAAUUCACAAUCUCUUCUUUAGUGGGCGAAUCAACUCUUUUCCAAUUGAGUUAAUCUUAAAAAAAACUGAAUGACUCUUCCCUGAAUUAUUGAUUCAACCAUUUCUAAUCUUCU